CUCACAACAACCUUCAAAUAAUGCGGUAGACACGAACUUUCGAGCAUCGCCACCCUCUCUACGACAAUCCACGAUCUGCUGAAGCUCAGGCAGAGUUCCCGUCGAUGUCAGCCCAUUGGAUUCGUCACGCCGACUCGGAUAAAGAGCUUGCCACCGCUUUCGAGCACCAAAGCGGUUUGGGAGGCAGAGGUCAUGACAGAAUACAUGGAGACAACCCGAUUCCCGGAGUCUCGUCCACAAUCGCCAUGACGGGUGACAUGACGGGUGGUAAUGACGAUAUCGAGGUGGACAUUACUGCCGGGCAAAAAAUGAUGUCUGCGAUGUCUGGGAGUCUGUUGACUUCGCUGCUUGUGACCCCCCUCGAUGUCGUCCGCGUUCGACUGCAGUCCCAACCUACUCAAUCACCUCUCACUACCAUCCAAAAACUAGCCUCGACCUCCCCGCAAUCAUUCAAUACCCUUCCUCCAAACCUCGGAGUUACGGCUUGCUGCCGAGAAGUCUUCUUCGCAAACAAUAAUGCAGAAUACUGCAUAGCCGGACCGAAAGUGGGGGAGAUAACCAUCGGAGGAGCAGAGUGUGCAGUCGAGGAAACGCAAAGAAGGACCUUCAACUCUACAUUCGACGGGCUAAGAAAGAUUGCUCGGAACGAAGGAGUAACGACGUUAUGGCGAGGAUUGUCUCCCACGUUAGCCAUGACGGUUCCUGGGAAUAUCAUAUACUUCACUGGGUACGAUUGGUUGCGAUUCAACAAGAUGAGUCCUAUCAACCGAAUGUUUUCGGACAAUUAUGCACCACUGGUAGCAGGGACAGUUGCGAGGACGCUAGCUGCCGGGGUCGUGAGUCCGAUCGAAAUGUUUAGGACGAGGAUGCAGGCUAGUCGGUCGACGGGAGGCGGUCACUUUGCUGAAACAGUGAAAGGAGUGGGAGAGAUGGUUUCUCUUCACGGGUACACUUCACUGUGGAGAGGAUUGACCCUGACUUUAUGGCGAGAUGUCCCCUUCUCAGGAGUCUACUGGUGGGGGUAUGAGAGCAUCAGGAGUCUUCUAACAGAAGCUCGGGAACGGGGACGAGGACACGAUCUCUCAAUGGAAGGAUCAAGAAGUCGAGCAAGGAGGCGGUCUCAAAGUCAAGAAAACCACAGGGACACGUUCAUGGACAGUUUCAUUGCAGGAGCAACGUCCGGCACCGUUGCUUCGAUCUUGACAACACCCUUUGACGUUGGGAAGACUAGACGGCAAGUCUUCGUCGAAGCAACCUCAAAUGCAGGAGCUAAGAAAAUACUGGCCCCCGAGGAACGCUCCAUGCCUAAGUUCCUAUGGCAUAUCUUCAGAACCGAGGGCGUGGCAGGAUUAUGGACUGGCUGGAUACCUCGCACACUGAAAGUCGCCCCCGCAUGUGCCAUCAUGAUCAGCUGUUAUGAAGUCGGGAAACGCGCCUUCCGCAGCAUGAACGAGAGAGCGGAACGGAACCGAGCUGUAUGAGUAGAGCACAUCACUCCAUUCUGGAGUCUGACAAGGAGUUUAUUUUGCGGCCUUUGAUUUGUAGCUGGAGUGUUCUGCAUAGCGGUUUUGGACGGAGUCAUUUGACGGUGUACUACUGCAUGUAAGAUAGAGAGACCAAUAUCCAUUACUGAACAAAUGUUUACAGGUUUGAAUUUCCUGAACCUUGGAGAAUUCCUCGC